AUGAACGGCAACACAUCAGGCCACAUGGCCCUGCCACCACCAAUGGCCUUCGCCUCAUGGCUGAGCCAGAACGAGAACCUGCUGCAGCCCCCCGUCAACAACUACUGCCUCUUCAGCGGCAAAGACAUGGUUCUCAUGGUUGUCGGCGGGCCCAACACACGCAACGACUACCACGUGAACGAGACAGAGGAGUGGUUCUACCAGCUGAAAGGCGCCAUGUGCCUUAAGGUGGUUGAGAAGGACGCCGAGGGCAAGGAGUACUUCAAAGACGUAGAGAUCAAGGAAGGCGAGAUGUUCCUGCUGCCAGGAAACACGCCACACAACCCCGUCCGGUUCGAGAACACCAUCGGCCUCGUCAUGGAGAGGGUGAGGCCAGAGGGCAGCUUGGACCGGCUAAGGUGGUACUGUAAGAAGGGCGGGCACGAGACGCCGACCAUCAUUAGAGAAGAGGUAUUCCACUGCACCGACCUCGGCACGCAGCUGAAGCCGUUGAUCAACAACUGGAGGGAGAACGAGAGCGUGAGGAAAUGUCCGACAUGCGGCUUGACGGAGGAUCCACAGUGA